AUGGGGGUCGAAUCGGCUGCCUUACAGGAACGCCUGGAGCGAUGGGCGCAACGCCUCCAGAACCUCACUGUCUCCCCCCUCACCCGGGACUAUCCCGAGACCCAGAAGCAGGAGCUUCCCAAGAGAGCCAUUGAGGCAUUCGAGUCCCUUCGGAUUUCCAGGGACUCAUUAUCCCAACUGCAGAAACUCUCCGGCUCAUCUUCCGGGUUCACGGUCUUCUUGACAGCCUUCGUGGUUCUUGUCGCUCGUCUGACUGGAGACGAGGAUAUCGCCAUUGGUACCAGCUCCGGCGACGACGGCCGUCCGUUCGUUCUGAGAGUCCCAAUUGACCCCUCGGAGACGUUUCUCCAACUCUACACGAAGGUUCAAGCUGGCUUCGACGAGGGAUCGUCCGAGAUCGUGCCAUUGGGAAGCCUACGGUCCUAUAUCCAAGAACAAUCCAAGUCAGAACGGUCCCCAAUCCUUUUCCGGUUUGCGGCCUACGAUGCUCCCGCUAUUUCCCAGGAAUAUCCUGCUAAUACGUUCGAAACGACGGACUUGGUUGUAAACAUUGCACCGCUGUCCGGCGGAUCUUCGGCUCAGGCGGAAUUGGGAGCAUACUAUAACCAGAGACUCUUCUCCAGCGCGAGAAUUGCUAUCAUUCUCCAGCAGCUCUCUCGCAUUGUCGAGAAUGCCACGACCGAUCCCGAGCAGGCGAUCGGCCACAUAGAUUUCAUGACCUCGAAUCAGCAAGCGCUUCUCCCAGACCCUACAUCGGACCUCCGCUGGUCCAACUUCCAUGGCGCCAUCCAUGAUAUCUUCGCCGAUAAUGCCAAGAAACAUCCUGAGAGGCUAUGUGUAGUGGAAACCAAGUCCGAUCGAUCGCCUCACCGGGAGUUCACUUACAGGCAGAUCAAUGAGGCCUCCAACAUCCUGGGCCAUCACCUUGUCCAAGCAGGCAUUGAGAGGGGUGAGGUAGUCAUGGUGUACGCGUAUCGUGGCGUUGAUCUUGUAGUGGCCGUGAUGGGUAUCCUGAAGGCCGGCGCAACCUUCUCCGUCAUUGAUCCAGCUUAUCCCCCAGAACGGCAGUGUAUCUAUCUUGAUGUCGCCCGCCCUCGCGCGCUUAUCAACAUUGAAAAAGCCACCCAGGACGCUGGCGAGCUGUCGGACAAAGUGCGCUCGUUUAUCAGUGAGAACCUGCAGCUCCGGACGGAGGUCCCUGCACUCGCCCUUCUGGAUGAUGGCUCACUUCGGGGCGGCUCGAUCGAAGGCCAGGAUGUUUUUUCCAACCAGGUUCCUUUGAAGGCUAAGCCGGUUGGUGUCGUUGUUGGUCCGGAUUCGACUCCUACGUUGUCGUUCACUUCUGGCUCUGAGGGCAGGCCUAAGGGAGUCCGAGGACGUCACUUUUCUCUGGCAUACUAUUUCCCCUGGAUGUCCGAGACGUUCAAGCUUACCCCCAAUGAUCGAUUCACCAUGCUUAGUGGUAUUGCCCAUGAUCCCAUUCAGCGAGAUAUCUUCACACCCCUCUUCCUGGGAGCACAGCUGUUGGUUCCAGCCCGCGAGGACAUUCAGAACGAGAGACUCGCGGAGUGGAUGCAGGAAUAUGGAGCUACCGUGACCCAUCUUACGCCUGCCAUGGGUCAAAUUCUCGUGGGUGGAGCUUCGGCACAGUUCCCAACUCUUCAUCAUGCUUUCUUCGUCGGUGAUAUCUUGAUCAAAAGAGACUGUCGGUCGCUGCAGGCUCUGGCUCCGAAUGUGAAUAUUGUCAAUAUGUACGGAACCACCGAGACUCAACGAGCAGUAAGUUACUACGAGAUCCCCAGCUACUCGAGCCAAGAGGGUUUCUUGGACACCAUGAAGGAUGUGAUUCCAGCUGGAAGAGGAAUGGUCGACGUCCAGAUGUUGGUCGUCAAUCGCUUCGAACCUAGCCGCCUCUGCGCCAUCGGGGAAGUGGGGGAAAUCUAUGUCCGUGCAGCUGGUCUCGCCGAAGGCUACCUGGGCGCCGAUGAACUGAAUCAGAAAAAGUUCAUCAAUAACUGGUUUGUGAAUCCCCAGAGCUGGCUUGAGAAGGACAAGGCCGACUCGCAGAAUGCAACCGAACCAUGGAGGCCGUUCUACCUCGGACCAAGAGACCGCCUGUAUCGCAGUGGAGAUCUUGGCCGCUACACUCCCUCCGGCGACGUUGAAUGCUCGGGACGUGCCGAUGACCAGGUCAAGAUCCGUGGUUUCCGCAUCGAGCUCGGAGAGAUUGACACUCACUUGUCUCGUCAUCCCUUGGUGAGAGAGAACGUCACUCUAGUGCGACGAGAUAAGUUCGAGGAGCCCACUCUGGUCAGUUAUCUCGUCCCGGACAUGAGCAAGUGGGCUGCGUGGCUGGAGGUAAAGGGUCUCCAAGACGAUGAUUCUGCAGAGGGCAUGGUUGGCAUGCUGCGUCGAUUCCGGCCUCUUCGCGACGAUGCCCGCGAGCUUCUCCGGAGCAAGCUCCCAGCUUACGCUGUGCCGACGGUCUUCAUCCCAUUGAAGCGAAUGCCUCUCAACCCCAACGGCAAGAUUGACAAGCCCGCGCUGCCGUUCCCAGACACUGCCGAACUCAGCGCUGCAGCUCCUCGACGCAAGUCGUCAGUGCUGCAGGCUCUCUCAGAGACCGAACAAGCGUUAGCGCAAAUCUGGGCCCAGCGCAUCCCCAACGUGACCGCUCGCAUGAUUGGACCCGAUGAUUCGUUCUUCGACCUUGGUGGACACAGCAUCCUGGCCCAGCAGAUGUUCUUUGAUCUUCGACGCAAGUGGCGUGGAAUUGAUAUCAGCAUGAAUGCAAUCUUCCGGAGUCCCACUCUGCGAGCGUUUGCUAGUGAGAUUGACCGUUUGCUAUGUCUUGAUUCAUUUGCCACCAGCGAUAGCAAAGACGCCGCCACUGCAGAGGCUUCCUCCGCCCUCAACCAACCGGAUAACGAAUACUCCAAGGAUGCCCGGAAGCUGGUCGAUAGUUUACCCCAGUCCUUCCCCGAGCGGACCGAGGACAUUCUGUCGGGCGAGCCUACUGUUUUCCUUACUGGUGGUACCGGGUUCUUGGGUGCUCAUAUUCUCCGCGACCUGCUUACGCGCAAGUCACCUUCAGCCAAGGUUGUCGCUCUGGUCCGGAGCAAGAGCGAACAACAGGCUCUGGACCGCAUCCGUUCCACGUGCCGCGCCUACGGGUUCUGGGAUGAAGCGUGGACUAGCCGACUUGAAUGUGUCUGUGGUAACCUGGGAGAACCACGGCUCGGUCUCUCCGAGGCGCUGUGGGAUGACCUGACGAAGCGGGUGGACGCCGUGAUUCACAAUGGCGCUCUGGUCCACUGGGUGUAUCCCUAUUCCACCCUUAGACCGGCCAACGUUCUCGGUACCAUCGACGCCAUGAAGCUCUGUGCCACCGGCAAACCCAAGCAGUUUUCGUUUGUCAGUUCUACCAGUGUUCUCGAUAGUGAUCACUACGUGGAAGAAUCCGAGCGCAUCAUCGCCGCUGGCGGAGCGGGAAUUAGCGAAGACGACGACCUGGAGGGCAGCAGCGUUGGGCUGGGAACCGGGUACGGGCAAAGCAAGUGGGCUGGAGAAUAUCUCGUCCGGGAGGCAGGCAGAAGGGGAUUGAAGGGAACAGUAGUCCGACCUGGAUACGUGUUAGGCGACUCGGCGACCGGAACUACGAAUACGGAUGACUUCCUGAUCCGAAUGAUCAAGGGAUGUAUCCAACUGUCUGCGCGUCCAAACAUUAACAACACGGUCAACAUGGUCCCCGUGGACCAUGUGGCGCGCGUGGUCAUCGCCGGAGCCUUCCAGCCUCCCUGCAAGCCGAUCGGUGUGGCCCAGGUGACCGGACACCCCCGACUUCGGUUCAACCAGUUCCUGGGGGCUCUGCAGCUGUAUGGGUACAAUGUGCCCCAGGUUGACUACGUUCCGUGGUCUACAUCGCUCGAGGAAUACGUCAACAGUGGCCAGCAUGACGACCCGGAGUCUCAACAUGCGCUCAUGCCCCUUUACCACUUCGUGACCGCGGACCUUCCUUCCAAUACCAAGGCCCCCGAAUUAGACGACACGCAUGCGGCUACGUCUCUAUGCGCCGAUGCCGCCUGGUCGGGCGUCGAUGCGUCGGCCGGCGCGGGCGUGACGGAGGAACUGGUGGGAUUGUACGUCUCUUAUCUCGUGGCCGUGGGAUUCUUGCCCGCGCCGCCGGCCUCGUCGACAGCUCGUGCGUUGCCUGCUGCUCAGCUCAGCGCCAAUCAGAAACAGGCGUUGGCGAAUGUGGGAGGCCGCGGGGGCAGUGCAUAA